UAAAUAAAUAACAAUACUAAUAUAUAUUUUAAUAUAAAUAAAUUGAAUUCCCAUAACACAUUCAAAAUUAUUCCGAGACAAAUUUCGCAAAGUUUUUGGGCAACAAAAAAAACAAAACCAUGUAAGUAACCAAUCGUAACCAAUGAUUAGAAAUGAAAUUGUUAUAUAAACAAUUUAUUAUAAAUUAUAAUUCACGUUGUCGUCGUAUUUGUGAGUAAUGGAAAAUAAAAAAAAAAGAGAGAAGUGCGGGAAUAUAAUUAACGAAGAAAAUAAUCGAAAAUAUGAGGUAAAGAACCGAAAGUAGUAUGGGAUAAAACAGCUAACAACAGCACAAGUGCCACGGUCGCGUCAACCGUGUCGACCACUUUCACCAAGGAUCCUGAACGACUUGGCCAGACGUUAGACGCUCCUAGACAGUUACCUACUCUCCAACAUUUAACACAGAAAUACCAACCAGCACCAACAACAGCAUCAGCAACAGCAACAGCAACAGUAACAGUAACAGCAGCAGCAACAGCACAACAACUAUCACUGUGUUAAUUUCGUAUUUAAAUUUGGAAAAAAGUAUACAUCUACCGAAAAAAGAAGAAGAAGAAAAUAAAAUUCAGUUCGAUCAAGUUCAGUUAGAUUCGUUUAGUUUAAUUUAAUUGUUCAGUUCAGUUAAGUUAAGUUAAGUUCAGUUAAAGUUCUAUCUAAACUCCGAUUGAUAUCAGUGUAUCGCGUUAUUAAAUUAUCUAGCUUUCACGUUUCUUAAUCUCGUGUAUGGUUUUUUAUUUUUAUUUUUUUUUCAUAUUGCGUGUUGUGUUACACGACACGAAGGGAGGACAAAUUUAUUACACUUUAAAGUACAUACGUAAAAUACGUGCGUGUUAAAUCGUAAACGAUAAGAAGAGAAUAAUAACAAAUUGCAGUUUAUUAUUGAUCCAAAAAAAAAAAAAAAACACAAGGAAGAAAGAAAGUAAAACGCAAUAUGGGUAGCAGCAACAAGUCGAGAAGACAUUACAAAAAGGAUUCCCGUUUCGUAGCUGAUCUUUACACGUUCACUUACGACGAUUUUGAUCUCGAAGAUGACAACGAAACAACCAAAGCACCUGUUCUGGUACCGGAAGUGACGAUUCGUGAGAAACCAAAAGAAGAAAAAGAUCCCGAGAGAGAAGAUUUGAUCGCAAGAUUUGAUAGAUUGAUACGAGGUGAUCCAGAUGAAACGCUACAGGUGCAAUUCAUUUUGUUUUUUUUGAAAAGGGUGAUGGGUUAUUAUAACGUAACAUUUAUGCUUCUUUUUUUUUUGGAGAAGGAGAAGAACGAAGAGGAGGAGUAGUAGAAAUAUAUGUUUGUACUUGUGGUACUUUAAUUUGAAAGAUUUAAUUAGUUGAAAGUAUUUUCUUUUUUUAUAGGAUAUCUAAC